AUGCGGAGCCAAACGGAGCUCCAGGUGAUCCACAGCAGCACAGCCCGGCACACUGCUGCCUCCUCAGCCUCCCCUCUCCUCCAUCUCCUCCUCCUCCUCCUCCUCCUCCUCCUCUUCCUCUUCAACCAAAAAAAAAAGAAACCAGGAGAAAAACCCCGCGCUUCCCUCUCCGUUUCUGUGAUGUGAAGCGCCUUCUUGGCCGGCUGCAGCUUCCCAGGCAUCGUGCGAUGACACACGGCAUAUGUGCUCCGAUGUCUCCGCAACAUAGGCACGCCGCACGACCAGAAGAUUGCGCCUUGGUCCCGGUCUCGAAAGUUCAAUGAAGGCAGACACCUUCCUCCGGCCAGGAACAUGAAGGGCUUAUCGGGCAGCCGCUCCCAACACCAAAUCCCUUUACCCCAUGGCCUCGACUAUGACCCUCAUGUCCAUGAUCUCCACGGGCACCAUGGCUCAGACUCCCGGCACUCCUCCUACCUGCUCAGCCCGACAGAAAGCUGCCCCAUGGACUUCCAACACCGCUAUUCACCGCACAGUUCCAUCCAUUCCGACUGCAUGUUGAUGACCCCGGUUAUGAUGCCUCCUGUCGCCGCGUCUGACCAUAUCUCCAGCAGCACCUUCCCUCGAAUGCACUACAGCUCUCAAUACUAUGACUCGGCCACACGGGAUGACUGCGUCGCCAUCACAGCCUCUGCCACAUCACCGGCAGUGGCCGCCGCUGCAGCCGCGGCCGCCGCCUCCUCACACCAUGCCGGCACCAAGAGCAAUCGUCUACCUGCCAACCUGUUGGAUCAGUUUGAGAAACAGAUGCCGCUACACCGGGAUGGCUUCCACACAUUACAGUACCAGCGCACAUCUGCCACCGCUGAGCAACGCAGCGAGAGCCCAGGCCGCAUCCGACACCUCGUUCAUUCUGUCCAGAAGCUCUUCACGAAAUCCCACUCCCUGGAAGGAUCGUCCAAGAUGAACGGCACAAAGGGUGACAUUGGAGGAGGCGGAGGAGCAGGGAGUUACUAUCAUCAUGGUCAUCAGCCUAACAAACAUGGUAGCAAGAGGAGCAAAAGUAAAGAACGGAAGCACCGCCCCGGCGGUUGGUGGAGCUCUGACGACAACCUGGACAGCGACAGCACCUAUCGCACUCCCAGUGUCAUGUCACGGCACCACGGAGAACACAUCACCCACUGUUACCCAGAUUCCAUACACGGACACCACUUUGGAGACCUGUCACUCAAGACCUCCAAGAGUAACAACGAUGUCAAGUGCACCGCGUGCGACAGCAUGGCCAUGGCGCCCGAGGGCAAAUUCAUGAAGAGGAGCUCCUGGUCCACACUGACGGUUAGCCAAGCAAAGGAGGCCUAUAGAAAGUCAUCGCUUAACCUGGAAAAAACCAUGAUGCACCCAGACCUCAAGCCGUCACGGACCUUUCAUUACCUGCAGGUACCUCAAGAUGAAUGGGGUGGAUACACAGGCGAGCAGGAUGAGGAGAUCCCAUGUCGGCGGAUGAGGAGUAGUAGCUAUGUCAAGGCUAUGGGAGAGGUGGACGAUGACAGUGGCGAUUCUGAAAGCAGCCCCAAGACCUCCCCGCAAAAAGGCAUCAGGCCGGAUGCUCUCAUCCUCAAGUCGGCCAUGCACAGACCCCAUUUCGACUCCCAAAGUCCGGGCUACCGCUUGCAAACCAUGAGAGAAAUGCGGGCCCAUCCGAGUGUUACGCUGGACCCUGCUACCACCUUUCACCAUCCUCCGCCCUUCCGUUCUCGCAACCAGAGCUACAUGCGCGCUGUCAGCACCCUCAGCCAGGCGAGCUGCGUCAGCCAGGUGAGUGAGACUGAGAUCAAUGGCCAGUUUGAGUCAGUUUGCGAGUCCGUUUUUAGUGAAGUAGAAUCCCAGGCUAUGGAGGCCUUGGACCUGCCGGGUUCGUUCCGCACUCGAAGCCACAGUUACCUCCGUGCAAUACAGGCUGGUUAUUCCCAAGAUGACGACUGCUUGCCUUCAAUGACAUCCUCCACUGUCACUUCAACUCUCAGAUCCACAACAGAGGGAUAUGAUAUUGUGGAUGCGACGUCAUUUCUCAAUGACGACAUGAUAGAGGAUGAUGACGGAGCCAGCUCCUCUGCCUAUGCAGAGCUGGAGAGGCUGGAGAGAGAGACGGCGGCUGCGCGUAGCCAUCACAGUACUAGCUCCACUGUAACGGCCAUCUCGGUGCCUCCGGCAACGCCACCUUCAUACAGGGUCCCUAGUGCCUCACCUAUAGCCACCAAUGAGCCACCGGUCCCACAGGCAAUCCAAGCCUUUAAGGAAUCUGCAAACAUGGUCGCUGCCUUCAACAUGCAGUGGAAGGAUGAAAUCUCAGCUAUGCGCUACGAGCUAGCAGAGCUACGGCGAGAUGUCUGUGGGGAGCUGAAGACUUUCAACAGCAACUUCUUCAACUUCACUCAGUGUUACAAUAUGUGGACUUUGUGUCGGGAACCAUGCAGCGACAGCACUACACAAACUGAAGACAGAGUGUCCAUAGGAAUCCAAGCAGGGUCCAGCUGGUCCAUUCGGCAUAAUUUGGAGGACAAGUCAGUGAUGUGUCAACCUGAACCGGCACCCUUUAGUAUCAUGGACUUAAUGAACCCACCUCGAAUUGAGAUCAUAGAGGGAACCCCAGAGAGCACACCAGAGGGUUCAGGCAGUCCUGCAAGCCCGCUUCCAAUAGAGGACUUCCCAUGGGAGAUAAAUAAAAAGCAAAGGGUCCCCAAACCGCAGGAAAUAUGUGGCCACACAGGGGGUCACAGAAGUGCCAGUCUUGAACUGUGGUGCAGGAAGUACACCAGUGGACCCAUGUCGUAUAUGUCUAUGUCAUUCUAAUCACUCGCACCUUUCACGCUAUAGGAAAAGAUGAGCAAGCCAUGGUAAAACCUUGUAUUUACAUGUAAAGGCUGUUAUUCGUCCCUUUACUCUUUGCAGACACAGUCCGUCAUCUGUCAAACAGAUAACGGAGUUCUUUUAACAGCCUUGGAAUCCAAGAGACCACGUGUUGUACUUGCCUUCAAAAUGAGGUGAUGCGAACGUGAGCAAGAUGGUAGCUGAUCUUGAGAUCAACAAGUGCCAACGAGAGCAGCAUUGUAUUUCAUAAGUUGUCUUAAAAAGCCGGCAGACAAAAGAAAAAAUCUACUCAAACAAAAUCUGAGGGUCACUUAAUGCUACAACUCAAUAAUCAGCCAUUUUGAGUAGAGGCAUACAAUAAGUUGGUUUGUCUGCGUCGAAACUCAUUGUCAUUCCAGUUUCUCUUCACGUAGAAACCCUCUAUUCAGCACCUGCGUAUACUGUGAAUACCUUUAUAAACCCUAAGUUUUCUAUUGAAUUCAUCAAAAUGACGACAUUAUUUAUUAAGAGAUUUCAAUAAAGUUUUCUUUCUAGUUAUUUUUAGCUUGAUGGCCUUUGGUUUACUCAUUCUGUAAGCCAGCGUAGACGACUUUCAACAUUAAAAAAGUUUCUGCUGUCAAAAGUCUCACUCAUAAACAGAAUAUAUUAAUAAUAAUUAAAUAAACAGUUGUUAUUCUGAAAAAGAACCUAUACAACUCUAUGAUAGAGUUUAUGACACUGUAGCCUGAGGUUGUGAACCUUAAAAUUGAAUGAAAGACUUCAGUCUCGCAAAAUUAAAAUAAAUUUAAAAAAAAAAAAGAAGGGGGUCUUCAAAUUGAUCAUGCAGCAUUAAUGUAAUGGCUUAAAUUAAUCCGAGCACAAACUACUUUUAUGUUUUGUCAGUGUAUUUGUAUAUACAUGUAUACAUUUGUAUAUAGAAAAAAAAUCUUAAAUUCAAUACAUGUUAUAAACAUACUGUGUUGGAUCAGCCGUGAAAUGGGUUAAUAAAAACAACUAGAUCUGGUUCUAAACCAAACAAAGCACCUUUUUCUUCACAGAGGCCUGCCGCUAUAUAUUUCAUCAUGCCCAUCACUUGGUUGGUAGCAAUGAGGGAUCAAGGUUUGGUAAAGAGCUUCAACCAUCCGUUUGUUUUCCCUAUCUUAAUGCAUGAGCCUGCACAUUUUUUAAUUUGCGAGAGCAGAGGAUUAGCCAAAUUGUAACCCGUUCAGCUGUCUUGAUGCUGAAAGAUUGGUCCCCUAACUAUAGACAAUCAAUGCCGCUGAAGGUCUUGACCACGCCGACAAGUCUCCAGAGGUGCAGUAUGGUACCCGUGAAUGUUCUAACACCGCCCAACUAGUGAUAGCCGAGCUGGGCUCCUGACUAACCUUAAUUGGUCUGAGUCAGUUGAGUUUUUCAGUCAAAACCUUGCUUAUAUAAUAAGAGUAGCCUGUCAAGUUGCUAGCAUUCCCUCCAGACAUUUAUCCACUCCAUUGUACCAACGUGGUACCACGUACUAAAGUUAAAAAUGAGGCCUAAGGAACUGGGGCCGAAAGCAACCACCUUUCAAGUUUGUAAGCACUUCUGGACUAUCAAAGGACCAUGACAAGUGUGAUGGAAAUGUGAACCUGUCAUAGGGACCACUGUGCUGCCUUUAGCGAGAACGGAGCUCAUCCCCCCCCCCCCUUGUGGGAUCAAAAGGCAAUGGAUGCAAAAAUUUGUAAGGAAUCUUGAAAGUUUAUAAAAAAAAACAAAAAAAAAAGGUUGUCACAAAGUUAUAAAAUUAAAAAUGCCAUAUUCCACAGAGAAACGGUCAGUAUAACUGAUGGAUUUAUCAUUUAAAGUUUUAAACAAAAACUGUACGUGUGUAAAUAUUAAUUUUUGAUAUGUUUCAUUUUGAGGCACGAGAAAUUCAAAUUGGAACUUGACUACGACCAGCAAUCAGCUUCAGUCUAAUGCACCAUGUUGGUGCAUUAGACUGAAGCUGAAUUGAAACAGAAAGUCUAUAUUCUCUGUUAAAAUUGAUAUGAAAAUAUUUAAAAAUAACAAUACAAUAAUUACUUAAUGAGGCAAUAGUCGAAUAUCCAUCCUAAUCACUUGAAUCUGUCAUUUGUAGAACUGGGUUGAUAAGUCAAUAAAUUGGUUAAUCGAAUGACAAAUGAAUAUGAAGUCAAUACCUUUUGAUAUGUCAGUGUGUGUUUGUUUUCUUUGUCUAUCACGAGAGGGUUCACUCUGUGCGGCAUGUUUAUUCAAUAGCAAAAUCAAAUGAACGUAGUGAAUCCUCUUGUCCACAAUCUUUGUCUCGGUGGGCAGAAGUGGGACUGCUAGCUAAUUACACACACGCAAGUCGCUCGCGAGAAGCACCGCAAGGUGACCAAAAUUAGGAGGACAGAAUAGGAUUGCAAAGCCGAAUAUAUCGGCUUUAAACCGAACGAGACGGAUGAACGAGCAAGUAUGUACAAUUUGUUAGAAAGUGAUAGCAAAAAAAAAAAAAAAUCUGACCCAGAUUUUUCAAUUUAGGAAAAACUGCACUUCAAGAAUUACAGUUCUAUAUUGCUAAAAGACAUUGAGAAUCCAUUUUAUUUUAUGUUUACUUCUUUCUGUAAUUGAAAGUUCUUGACAUUCCAGUUACAAUGGCAAAAAAUACUAAUAAAAAAAGUCAACGUUUAUUGCGUUUGAGAGGAAUCCUUGUCAAAUUAUUAAAUAUAGUGAUUACAUUAGUGCUUAUUUUGGUCUCAAAAUAAUGACAAUAAUAUAAAUCAAUUUAUUAUCAACCCAGGCAUAGAUGUUCCAUUUUGUUAGACACGUAAUAAUAGGUAUUUGACUUGACAGAUGAAAAUCAACGCUCAUUUAAUCGAUUAUUAUUAAUAUUUUAUAUUUUUUGUUGUUCUUAUAUCGACUAUCGAGAGCAUAUACAAUGUCAAUGUGCUGCAGGUAAAAAAUAAUGCCUCGAAAGUCUCCUUUUUUGGAAUACAGUACAAACUAUUUGGGACUGAAUCAACAACACCCCUGCUGGUCGUAGCAAAGUAGUGCACUCCACAAUGCUUAUUGAUAAAAAAUGGUUUGGUUAUCAUGCUUAUCUUGAGGUACAGCGUAUCUUUAAUGAAUUUGGUUUUGGGUAUUGCGAGGGAUAUUUCCCUGCUAUGAACAGCAGCAAAAAGGUGUGUAGAUACAACAUGAAGAUCAUUUACAACAUGAUUCAUUCUUGAAUUGUACACAUUUGCAAUACUGAAUAUUUUUCAUCUUUUUAAAUAACAAAAAAAAAAAGUAAAGAAAACCAAUAAAAAGGCGGGUUUUUAUUAUUUCAGUGAAGGCAUACGACUGUGAAAAUACCAAGCUUAUAAAGAUGUAUUAAAAUAUGUGUACAUACACAAUAUGUUCAAAAAAUGUAAAGUUAUUCAAGGGAAGUGCAGUGGCAUCCCUCAAAUAUGUUUCUCCCCUUGCUUGGGGAGUGCAAAGUAAUUUUAAGGUGCUGGCUAAUCAUGAUGUCUUCAAUCUACUUUAUAUUCAUUCAUUCUAUGCAAAUCCUUGGUUCUUGGUGUAUUUUUCCGUCAUCUAAAUAUUUGAAUUUGCUCAUAAUUUCUUUUGGUGGAACUUUUAUCAACGAUUCUAUGUUAUAUGAUUUGAUUUUGAUUUUAUUUAUCGACCACAAUCAAAACAUUAUAUGGUAGAUGUAUUUUGUAGUAGCAUCAUCUACUCAAACAAGUGUUUUUUGUUUAUUGCUUUUUGGAAAUGCUGUGCAAAAUCAUAUUUUUCUAAAAAAAAAAAAUACAAUAAAAAAAAGGGAUUUAGUAAAUGUAUUUGAAUUAUCUCAGUUUCAUCUUGAUGUCAUAAUUUUUGUCCAAAGAAUGUCCAUGUCCCUUGAUAUGAGUGAAGACAUGUAGCAACAAAAGAUAGAUUGGUCUAUACAUGAUUUUAGAGUAUAAAAAGAGACUUAUAAUAGGAGAAAAUUGACAAAGUAUUAUUUUUCAGGAGAAAUUAUUUGUCAGAAGUUUGCUAUGUUUAUUCAUCCCUUAAGGUCUAUUUGGGAUUCAGUUGAGACAACAGUGACAUCCAAUUAUUAGUUCAAAAGCUUUUGUAUGGGUCUCAUUUGCACCUAAAACUCUGUUGGAUCGGAAUAAUUUUUUUUAAAUCCCUUGGUUCUUGUCCUGCAUUUUUUUCAAGACAAAAUGUGUUUCUCUGUUUUGCAUCCGUCAUGGUGCAAUUUUCAGGGAUAUCAGACUGCAAUGUUGGGUCAGAAUCAGAAAACGUCCAUGUCAUAAAACAUAUUUUUCGAUGACAGUCGUUUAGCCUGCAUUUGUUCGCCUGUGCUUAUUUUGUAUAUGAAUCCAACCUUAGCUUUGAAAUUGGGUUUGCUUACUAUGGUGUAUUUAUUUUUCUGUGUGUGGAUUUUUAUUCAAACAUUUCCUGGCCUUAUGUAUUUUUUUUCAUAAAUUGAUAUAAAACAUUGGAUUAAAAUUGCUCUCAUUAUGUUUAUGUUGAAGAUAAUUGAAUGGGGGUCAUAGCUUUACAAUGACAUCCGACAAGAACGUUGCAGACAGUGAGUUGUUUACACCAAAACACAUGACCAACACAAAGCAUUGGACACUUUUCGAUUUAGCCUUUUCUACUUUUUUUAUGUUUUUUAGGAAAGCUGUCAUUUUUUUGGUUGGUUAUUAUUGCCUUUUUCUUUUAUUCCCCAUUUUAGGCGCCCGUAGCUUAGCUGCGGGGCGUAGAGAGUACGGUAGGUCCGGUAGGGAACAGUUUUAUUAUUUCUUUCUUUUAUGUGUUUCAUACAUUUUGUCUGACUCAUUGACAUUUUUUCACCUAGUAGAAAUGAAUGAUGUCAUGCUCGCUAAAAAAAAACUUGAACUGUCUUUAUCAUGUUUCUACAUUAAAGUCAGUGGACUGUUUGUGUACUCGUACUUGAUAAGCAAGAGAGAGAAAAACAACUUUGAGAUGUGAACAAAAUCAGUGUUUCUUAACCAUUAUCCAUUUUUGGGCUGCAAAAAAAUUCUGUUUCUCAGCUAUGCUCCAAAAAGGACAGCAGCGGUACUCAGUUGUAAUACAGUUUUCCACCACUUGUG